UGUGAGAUGUUGCCCCCUCACCAAACCAACCAAAUCCAAGCCCAACCUUCCUCUCUUUCCUUUUUUUCUCUCUCUAGCUAUCUCUAUUCCUUAUUAUUCCUCCAAAACACUUCAAAGACUGCUGAUGACUCUGAUUGCUGAGAGGGACGUUGAACAUCAGACUGUAGCCUUCUUUGUGAAAGAGAAAUAGAGAGAGAGGAUCGAUAUAAAAGAAGGGAAAGGGUGAAGGCGGAUUUUUUUUGUUCAAAUAUUAAUAUUUUAAUCAUUGAAGGGAAAAUGAAAGCUUUGCCGGGAAAAAUGGGAAAGCAAAGUGUGGUGGUGCAGUUUGCGAUGCUAGCCGAUACCGAGAGAAAGGGAACCUUCUCCGUUCUUCUUCUUCUACUUCUUCUGUUGCUUCUCUUACUUCACGUUAUUUAGCGGAUACCCACCUCAGAUAAGUUCUUUCUUUUUCUAUGUGUUCGACUGUUUUUGAUAUUAUAAUUUUCUUGGUCUUUUUUUUUUUUUCUGAGGAAUCUGAGGAGACAGGCAUUUCUGACUACUGGGCUCCUGAGGUUUGAUGGAUUCAAGUUUGGAUUUUUUUGUUGACAAACUGAAAUGAAACUCUGUUGUCGUAGAUUUGAGAUUAUUUUUGAUUUAGGGAUCUAGGUUUUUUUUUUUUAAGUUUUGAGAACUAGGUUCUACUCUACUAAUGCUUGAGUCGUUAUUCGGAUGCAUUCUUGACGAUUCAGGGAUUGGUUAAUGGGUUUUGUCUAGGAUUUGUGUUCGUUGCUGUUUCUGUUGUUGUUGUUGUUGUUGUCGUCGUUGUUAUUGGGAGCUUGUGGUAGGGUUAAUUGGGGAACUGUGUUGUUGCUGUAGGAGGUCUUGUGGCGUUUUCUACAAUUUGUUGUAAAUAGAAAAUCAGUUUUUGUGUGUUUUACCGUUCGGUGUUGGAUUUUCCUCCCUUGAGACUUUUUUGUGAUUCGCUGGAGGGAUUGGUCUUUGUUAUUACUAGUUUUUGUGAAAUACCUCUGAUCGGUUUGGACUCUUUUCCGGUUAAGGAAGCGGGUUCGAUCGAAUGUUACUUGUUUGGAUACCAUACAGUCAUUACACUCUUUUCAGUGUAGUCUGUCUCUGAUUUCCUUAAAAAUACCCACCAUUUUUAUUGUGGGUUCUACAGAUUUUGCCCACUUUCGGAUUUUCUUUCUUUUAUUUUUCGAGGAAAUUGCUAGAUUUUCUGGAAAUUGUAUAAUUUUAUCUUUCGAUUGAAUUUUUUUUUUCUUUAAAAGAAAGUAACUAUACAUCUUGAAAGAAGAAGAAGAAGAAGAAGAAGAAUCUGUAACGGGUUUUGUUUUGUGGGGAGCCUGAUUGUUUUAUUUGGGAGGGGAUUCUCUCUAUGGGAAUACCUGAUAGUUCACUUCUAGAUCUAAUAGGGAAGGUCAGAUCUUGGAUCCCGUGGGGAAGAAGCGAUCUAUCUGGUUUCUCCAGGGAAUUCUGGAUGACUGAUAACAGUUGCAGGAUGUGUUGCGGCUGUGGAACACGCUUCACACAGUUCAGUUUUCAAUACCAUUGCCAAAGCUGUGGCCGAGUAUUGUGUAGGAAAUGCAUGCAUGGUAUGAGCAUUUCUAUUUCUGUAUCAGAUGGUUGGAGAAGUGUCACUGAGGAUGGUGGGCAUGUCAAAUGCUGCAAGUUCUGCUUUCAUGCCAAUUCUGGGCAUGAAGUCGGCAGAGAGUAUGAAGAGAAAGAUGUUUCUUCUACAUUUCCUCUGCCAAGUAGCAGAAGUGCGGUUUCCUGCUUCAGCAAUGGAAAUUUUGAUAAUAUUAACAGUAGUAAGCAACUACUCAAUGAUCACCUUACACGCUUUCUUGAAGCACAAGAACAUGGUUCUUCUCCCCAUACAGCAGAUAGUGGUAGCUUGGCCUCAAUCAUGGGCCAGCCAUCUCCAGUUUCUUUUUGCCGCUCUCCCAGCAGGAGUGAUGAGGAAGAUGCCGAGGAUUCUAGGAAGCAAUUUCUGAGUCCAUCAAGUGAAUACUGUCAAUAUAUUUCUGAAAUAGAUUCUAGUAGUGUUAGUGGUAGACAUGAAUUUUAUGGUUUGAAGUCAGUAGGUUCUAGUCCCUUGGACAGCCCUUAUAGGAUUGCAAAUACUCUUAAUAGAGCUGGGUACUCUGUACAGCAGGAACAAGGAGGAACUCCAAGGUCUCAGAAUGAGGCUGACCUCGGCCAAGAAACUAGGGCUGUUGUAAGAAGGCCUGGAACAGAGGCUGAGGAUGUAGAGAACACUGAUGAUUGCUCAGAUUUGUCAAUAUUCCGGGAACAAUGUGAGAAAGUGCAACAGACAUUGGAUUUUGAAAACAAUGGUCUCAUAUGGUUUCCUCCUCCCGCUGAAGAUGGCGAGGAUGAAUCUGAAAGCAAUUUCUUUGACUAUGAUGAUGAGGAAGAUGAUGUUGGAGAGUCGGGCAUUCUUUUCUCAUCUAGUAACUUUAGUAGUGAUACAUUCCCAGUCAGGGAGAAACCAAAAGAGGAAUACAAGGAACCUCUUAGAGCUGUAAUACAUGGACACUUUAGAGCUCUUGUGUCACAGCUUCUUCAUGGUGAGGGCGUCAGUGCAGGGAAUGAGAGUAGUGUGGAUGACUGGUUGGAUAUAGUUACAUCGGUUGCAUGGCAAGCAGCAUCCUUUGUGAAACCGGAUACAAGCAGAGGAGGCAGUAUGGAUCCUGGUGACUAUGUAAAAGUUAAGUGUAUAGUCUCAGGAAGUCCAAGAGAAAGCACCCUUAUUAAGGGAGUAGUUUGUACAAAAAAUAUAAAACACAAGCGCAUGACAUCACAAUACAAGAAUCCUAGAUUACUUCUCUUGGGAGGUGCGCUUGAGUACCAAAGAGUUCCGAAUCAAUUGGCAUCUUUUAAUACUUUACUUGAACAGGAAAUGGAUCAUCUCAAGAUGAUUGUUUCAAAGAUAGAGGCCCACCGCCCAAAUGUUUUACUGGUGGAGAAAUCUGUAUCUUCAUAUGCUCAGGAAUAUCUGUUGGCGAAAGAAAUCUCUCUAGUGUUGAAUGUAAAGGGGCCCUUAUUGGAGCGCAUAGCCCGGUGUACUGGUGCUUCUAUUGUUCCAUCAAUUGAUAAUCUUUCUACUGCACGAUUGGGACACUGUGAAAUCUUUCGACUAGAGAGAGUUUCUGAAGAAUGUAAUAUUUCUAGUCAUCCCAACAAGAAAUCGAGUAAAACCCUGAUGUUUUUUGAGGGUUGUCCAAGGCGUUUAGGUUGCACGGUCCUUCUCAAGGGUACAUGUCAUGACGAACUAAAGAAGGUUAAACAUGUUGUUCAAUAUGCAGUAUUUGCAGCAUAUCAUUUAUCCCUAGAGACAUCCUUCCUUGCUGAUGAGGGUGCAAGUCUUCCUAAGAUACCAUUGAAAUCUGCAAUUUCCAUACCAGAAAAGAUGAUUGGUGUUGAUAAUGCUAUUUCAGUAAUCUCUACUUCAGCUGUGACUCCUACAGAUGAACAUCAAUGUGGAGCUGCAGGCAGCAUGCUAGAGACAUUAUCCCCUCAUGUAAGAUCAGAUGUAUCAGGCCAAAAUGGUCUGGUGAGCCUUUCUUUGAAACUUGCAGAACAGGAGCCAUUUUGUGAGCAUUUUAAUCCUAGUGAUAUUUCUACCUCAUCUCUUUGCUUCCUGGGCUCUACUGUUGGAAAGGCUCACUGUGAUCUAUGCGGUAAUCAUGUGGUUAUGCAAUCAUGUGUUCAGUCACGACCUGAGGGGCUGGUUCACUCUUCUGUGGUUCCUUCUGAUAUUAAAAAUCAUUCCCAACAUGAAUUGCUGGAAUCAUUAGUUCAAGAUGGUGAGAUUACAUUAAGAACUUAUGGGCAACCUGAGGAAAUCCAUGAACUGGCAAAGAAUGAUGGGGCUGAUCGGAUUGAAGUCACAGGUGAAAUUUUCUCAGCUGCUGAAAAUCAUCAGAGUAUAUUGGUUUCCUUUUCAAGCCGAUGUGUUCUGAAAGGAACUGUUUGUGAACGCUCUCAACUAUUGCGCAUAAAAUUCUAUGGCAACUUUGAUAAGCCACUUGGGAGGUUUCUUCGUGAUGACUUGUUUGAUCAGAUGUCUCUCUGCCGGUCUUGUAAGGAACCUGCAGAAGCUCAUGUCCUAUGCUAUACCCACCAGCAGGGUAGCCUUACAAUAAAUGUCAGACGCCUUCCCUCAAUGAAGCUACCUGGAGAGUGUGAUGGGAAGAUCUGGAUGUGGCAUCGUUGCCUCAAGUGUGCAUAUAAAGAUGGAGUUCCACCUGCAACACGGAGAGUGGUUAUGUCAGAUGCUGCAUGGGGACUUUCUUUUGGAAAGUUUUUAGAGCUUAGCUUUUCAAAUCAUGCUACUGCUAAUCGUGUUGCAAGCUGUGGUCAUUCUUUGCAAAGGGACUGCUUGCGUUAUUAUGGAUUUGGGAGCAUGGUCGCAUUUUUCCGAUAUUCCCCAAUUGAUAUUCUUUCUGUUCGUUUACCUCCUUCAGUGUUGGAAUUUAAUGCUCACAUUCAACAAGAGUGGGUUAGACAAGAGGCUAUAGAGCUCUUGAACAAAAUGGAAUUUCUAUAUGCAGAGAUAUUUGAUGUAUUACACAGCAUUGAACAGAAAGGUAUAUCUUUUGGAUAUGAACUGACAAACAUGAGCGAGUUUCAUAGUCAUAUUAUAGAGCUGAAAGAGUUGCUGAAAAAGGAGAGAAAUGAAUAUGAUGGCUUGCUUCAACCAGAUGGUCUAGACAAUAUGCAUCCAGAUCAGACAGCAGUGGACAUUUUAGAACUCAAUCGCUUGAGACGCUACCUCCUAAUUGGUUGUUACAUUUGGGACCGGCGCCUUUGUUCUUUGGACUCUCUCCUUAGAGCAAAGAGUUCUAUUUCCAAAGUUGAUUCUUAUAUGCAUGAUGCUACAGCUUGUGCCAAGCGGGUGGAAUUGAUAAGUGAAUCCUUUUGCAAGGAUGGAAAGCUUAACCGUGAAGACAAUAGUUCAAAGCCAUUGGGGGAAAGACCUGCCUUGAAAUCAGAACAGACAGAAGAGCAUAGUCCUCAACAUUUCGAGCCUGCCCAAGAUCAUCUUGUUGAUUCCUUCAAGGCUGUCAAUUAUGAUGGUUUUGAAGAUCUUGAGCUGGCCUUGGGCCAUGGCAACAAGCAUGAGAUGUUUAUAGAUGGUGAAGUUACAUCCCAGAAGACACCUGUGGAGUGUGUUCUACCAUCUACAUCCAAUCUUUCUGAUACGAUUGAUUUAGCAUGGACUGGUACAGGUCAUCAACUAAUAAAAAAUCAGUUUCAAGCUUCCCAACCAGAUGGGCAGCAAAUGGGUUCAGCUGGGUUAAAUCAGAUGGGCAAUCCAUCUUGCACAAGGCUCAUGUCCCCUGUUCGAGUAUAUUCUUUCAAUUCUGCAUUACGAGUCCAAGACAAGAUUCACAAAGGACUGUCCCCUACUUCAUUGAGCUUGACCUCAUUUAGAUCAUUCCAUGCCUCUGGAGAUUACAGGAAUAUGAUUAGAGAUCCAAUUCCAAAUAUGUUGAGAACCUAUUCUCAGGUCUCACCUAGGGAAGUGAAGAAAUUGAACUCUAUUUUCAGCUCCCCUCCCUCAUUCAUUACAUCAGCAUCUAACAUGGCAGGUGAAGGGGUUCGAUUGCUACUUCCACAAACAGGUCACAAUAACAUUGUUGUUGCUGUUUAUGACAAUGAACCCACCAGUUUAAUAUCCUAUGUGCUUAGUUCCAAAGACCAUGAAGAUUGGGUUGCUGACAAAUUGGAUGAGCAUGGAGGAGGCUGUGGUGCAAAUGACUUCAUCAAUAAAGAGGAUGAAUUCAGCAAUUUAUCAGGAUAUCCUAAUUUAGCAGGUUCAGCCUUUUCAGUCUGGCAAUCCUUGGGUUCUCUGGACUCAGAUGAUCUCUACUACAGAAGUUAUGGAUCUGAUGACUCAUCAUCAACAAUUGGGAGCCUUUUCUCAGAUUCCAAGAGAUCUCCUCAUUUCAAGGUUUCUUUUGAAGAUGAUUCAUCAUCUCCUGCUGGCAAAAUGAAAUUCUCCGUGACCUGUUAUUUUGCAAAGCAGUUUGAUGCUCUUAGAAAGAAAUGCUGCCCUAGUGAAGUGAAUUUCAUACGUUCUCUUAGCCGCUGCAAGAGGUGGAGUGCACAGGGUGGGAAAAGCAAUGUGUAUUUUGCCAAGUCUUUAGAUGAGAGAUUCAUUAUUAAACAAGUCACAAAGACGGAGUUGGACUCUUUUGAGGAAUUUUCUCCUGAAUACUUCAAGUAUUUGACAGAUUCUCUUACUUCAGGAAGUCCAACUUGCCUUGCAAAAGUUGUUGGUAUUUAUCAGGUUUCUAUCAAGCAUUUGAAAGGUGGAAGAGAAACCAAAAUGGAUUUAAUGGUGAUGGAGAAUCUCUUUUUUAGGAGAAGUAUUUCAAGGGUGUAUGAUCUUAAGGGCUCUGCACGAUCUCGCUACAAUCCAGAUACAACAGGGAAGAACAAUGUAUUAUUAGAUUUGAAUCUUUUAGAAACUCUACGUACAAAACCUAUAUUUCUUGGGAGCAAGGCAAAGCGAAGUCUCGAGAGAGCAGUCUGGAAUGACACAUCGUUUUUAGCGUCGGUUGAUGUAAUGGAUUAUUCAUUGCUGGUUGGUGUGGAUGAUGAUCGUAAGGAGCUGGUUUUAGGUAUCAUUGACUUCAUGAGGCAAUAUACCUGGGACAAGCAUUUGGAGACAUGGGUUAAGGCAUCAGGUAUCCUUGGUGGCCCAAAAAAUGCAUCCCCAACCGUUAUUUCACCCAAGCAGUACAAGAAAAGAUUCAGAAAAGCCAUGUCUACCUAUUUCCUUACUGUGCCUGAUCAGUGGUCUUCAUGAGUUGCCUCAAUUCAAUAUUUCUUCUCAAUAGCAAUCCGUAUCUUCAUAGAUAAACCGAAAAGCCAGAACAAAUAAAGAGGGAGGGAGGGGUUCGUUUAUCAUAUUCUCAGUUCCAUCUUUUGUACAUGGGCAAAAAGUAGCUACAACAUGAGGCUUGUAUAAAAGGAGGGGAAGAGACAUACCUUCUUUGUCAAUGUUCAAUUUUUUUUGUAAGGGCAAAUUAAGCCUGAGAAAUAGGAUUCCCAACAAAUUAAUGAAGCAAUUCUUUCAUCUGUUCA